AUGUCCAGAACUUGAGACGUCCUUCAGGACAACAGGUUUCUACAAGCGUGGGACUGUAUUCUCACACAGGAAGUGGCACGAUGGCACAUAUUGACAAGAGAGAGGCAUAGAGGGAGGAAGAGAGAGAGAUUGACCGAUUGAUCGAGAUGGAGGGAGAAAGACACGGAGGGAGAGGAAAAAGAGAGUAGGAGGCAGGAGAGCAGUGCGACUGUGCCUUUAAGGAUUCAGUGAAAAACAUGCUGCAGAGAGCAGGAUGAGUGGGUGCAGUCUGAGCUGGUACAAGUUCUGCACUGCGUGAGAAAAACAGGAGCACGGACGCAGCGAGACAAGAACAGGAGAGAGAGUACCACCAGUCAGCGGAGGGGGUGAUUGUGUCAGAGGGUAGGGGCGCAGGGUGGCAGAAAGGCAGGGAGGAGGGGGGCGUUCAGUGCACAACACAAAACCGAGCGCAGCCCUGCGAUGGUGGACACACAGGAGCGACUGGCGCAGGGAGCCCACACCACGACGCAACGGAGCCGCAGGCGCCCAGCCCCAACCGGGACGGAGGCCGCUCACGGACCAGCACCUGGAGCGGGACGCAGUGGUGGCACUGGGGUCAUGGCCGCAACAGGCCGCAGAUAGCGGCGGUCAUGCUGCCGGAGAUGAGGACGGAGGAGGCGGUGGCCAGUGCCUGCUUCGGACAGGUCUCCAAGCGCCUAGGACGGGUCUUCCGCCGCCUGCCCAAGUCCCGCUCCUGGUCCGAGGGCCUCCGCAUGCUGCGGCGCUCCAGCAGUAGCGGGACCCUCAUGUUAUCAGACUGCAGCUACACAUGUCAUUUGGAGUGUCAGGGGCUUGUUCAGCUGGACUGCAACCAACUAGAUCAGCCGACGGAAGUGGUGUCUACCCCUGUUCCACAGAGCCCCGGCGCCAAAGACCCUCAGGAGACGAGUGUCACAAGAGAGGAAGAUAAAGAGGAAGAGAAGCCAACAUCCCUCACAAAAGAAGAUAUUAAAGCUAAAAUAGAUGACUACAACUCCAAAGUGACAGAGAAUGGAAUGAAAUUAAGCUCAGAUGGCACAUACACUGGUUUCAUAAAGGUUCACUUGAAGUUGCGCAGGCCCGUGACUGUAGAUUCUGGGGACGGGAAGUCGCCAGGACCGGGUUCCUCUUCUGAUAGUUCAGAUAACCGCACAUCCUUUUACUUGCCAAGAGAUGCCGUUAAACAGCUACACAUUAGCAGUACCACCACGGUCGGGGAGGUCAUUCAGGGCCUGCUGAAGAAGUUCAUGGUACAGGAUAACCCACGCAAGUUUGCCCUCUACCGCCUGACCCGUCGAGACAGCCAGGAUCUUUUCCAGAAGUUGCCGUUAUCAGAAUGCCCACUCUGCUUGAGGCUGUUAGCAGGUCCUGAUCUAGAGAGCUUGUCUUUUGUACUCAAAGAAAAUGAGACUGGCGAGGUGGAGUGGCAUGCAUUUUCAGUCCCCGAGCUGCAGAACUUCCUGAUCAUCCUGGAGAAGGAGGAGAAGGAGCGCAUGCGGCAGGUGGAGCUGCGUUACGCUGCCUACAGGGAGAAGUUGCUACUGGCUCUGGGUCAAGUUGAGAGCAAACCAGGCUAAUGUAAGACAACAAAUCUCCUUCACCCCACUGAGCCAUCACUGGGCCAGCCUGGAGGACCAGUAGCCCAAUAGACAAACUCAAAACCUCCACUCAGGACUUUGUACAAGCUCUCAGCAUGCUUCUGUGACCUUUAACCCCCAAAGACGGGCAAAGGGAUUCGAGACAUGACUAAGACGAAGAGGAGGUUGGAACUAAAGAUUAGUACUUCAAGAGUAAUCCUUCUCUCCAGAAAUGGCACACUGUUGAAAGCCCAGGAAUAGGUUUCUGGCAGUCAUGCUUUUUGAUAUGAAUGGGUUUCAUUUUUUUUUUCUUUUUCAUAGUUUUUUUUCAUUGACCCAGUCUGUUUGUGUUUUUUACAUUGCUGCUGCUAUUGCUGCUACUGCAAGUGUUACUUAAAGCAUGACUUUCCCUUUGGUCUCUCUGCUUGUGUCUACCGCAUGUCCUCUAUCAGGGAAUAUCUAUAUGAAAGAACGGAGUGAAAAAAGCACUUCCUGUCCGAAAAGGAAGUGGGGAGACUUAAGUUAUAGAAAAUAUGAUGCCUGCGAAAUAUCAGAGGACAAACAGUAACCUUGUCCACAUAUCAAAUUAUUCAGUUCAUAAACAAUUGUAACAUGCUACUGUAAAAAAAAAAAAAAAAAAGAAUUAUACUGUUUAUACUGGAGAUUGUCUUAAUAUAACUAUAAAUGUACUGUAUUACUGAUAAUGUUUCACCCUAUAGCUCAAUACUUCACCCCAGAGAGUCAAAAUAUCUCUUUCGAAAUGGCUGUACAUCUCUGUCAUGAAGCUCUCUAGCCACUAUAUCUAUAAAAAAAAGUGUUUGAAUAGAUCUGGGCUGCUGAGCAUGUUCAGACGCAGACAUUUUGAGCUCCUCUGGUCCCCAGGUCGACUGCUACUCUCUAGAAAAAGACAGUUCGGGUGUCCCAUGAAAGCUUUUUGAAAUGCUCAGCACUGACAAAUCACCUCAGACUCUCAAGUGCGCCACCAGUACUUAAUGUGUAGGGAGCAUCAGUGGACUUGAGGAUUGUGUGCUGUGGUUAUCUGGAAAGCUUUUCUGAAUCACUUCGUCUUUUAGCACAUACAAUAAUACACAAGGUCAUGUUAGAUUAGAGGGCAUCUCCUAGAUCAGCACUCUGAAAAGCUCUGCGGAUCCAAACCACAAGCAUCUCAAUCUGUAUUACACCAAAGGAUAACAGAACAAGCACCCUGUAUUGUAAUUACAAAAUAAAGCUUUUAUAAAGAUCUUUCUGAUCAUGU